ACGCUUUCUUUCUUUUACAGUAAUUUCGUUAAAACUCCAACGUUUCAACAAACAUUUAUUUUGAAGCAGCUAAGCGGAACUCCUCUUUGUCAGUAUGGCUAACCGUCGAACCUGGUCAGUGAAAACAAAAUGUGACGUGGCUGACUUUGAUGGACCAAAAGAGCGAGAAAACCUCAAUUAUUAAACUGAUAAGUAGAAAACCAGAAGGCGUUUAACAGCGGUACAAGCGGAAAUAAGAAGAUAAACCUUUUGUGUUGCUGAUUUUGGGACGAACACCGGUAGCGGACUGGGAAAACGUUAAGUGCUAGCAUCAAGACUUUGACAGGAGAAAAGGGCAUGUAUUAAGACAUUAAGAUGUCAGACAGUGAAGCUACAGCAGCAGAAGGUCCAGAGGUGACACCAGACAUUCAGGACGCCUCUCCCGCCGAAACGCCCGACAGCUCGACCGAUGUGGCCCCGACGAGGAAGGCCAGGAGGAGACCAGACGUCAAACCUGCAGCCGAAGUUCAGGAGACGCCGAAAGCCGAGGAGCAGCCAGCAAAGACAUCCAGUGAGUCAGCUGUGUCUCAGGGUGGUUGGGGUUACUGGGGCAGCUGGGGAAAAUCCAUCUUAUCCUCAGCAACAGCUACUGUGGCCACUGUGGGUCAAGGGCUCACACAGGUGAUAGAAAAGGCAGAGACGUCGCUCGGAAUCCCCAGUCCGACUGAACUCUCGGCGCAAGUUGAGCAAGAGCAGAAAGAGCAGGGUGAAGCCAGCAGUGGGACAGACAAAGUGACAGCAGAUGGAUCGGUGGCGAUUGGAAACGCGCUGGGAAUGCUGACGUCACUCACCAGCGUCGUCCAGAGCACAGGCAAAACGGUGAUAACGGGCGGUCUGGAUGCUCUGGAGUUCAUCGGGAAGAAGACGAUGGAUGUUAUAGCAGAAGGUGAUCCCGGCUUUAAGAAGACCAAAGGACUGAUGAUCAGAAAUGCCACUCUGUCUCAGGUGUUGAGGGAGGCGAAGGAGCGCGAGGAGCUGCAGACAGCAGAGAAAGACCCUGAGUCAGAGAAGAAGGCGGUCGCUCACUACGGGAUGCUGUUUGAUGAAUUUCAGGGUCUGUCGCACCUCGAGGCGCUUGAGAUUCUGUCUCGAGAGAGCGAGUCAAAGGUGAAGUCUGUACUGACCACUCUGUCAGGAGAUGAGCUGCUUCAGCUCAGAGAAGAGCUGGAUCUCAUCAAAGACUCUUUCUCGCUGGUGGAGUUCGAUGAUGAGGAAGUAGACGAGAAGAAAGAUGAAGACGGCUCAGAGUUUGAGAGGGAGUUAACGGAGGCCUUGGAGGGUCUCAGUGUCACUGCCACAGCUGACAAACUCAGCCAGGCCUGUAAGAGCACCUGCAGCCAGAUCAGUGACCUGACCAAACCUGACGGGGACGAGGAGGGCGCAAAGAAAAUGCUCUCAGUGGAGGAGGUUCACGCCGCAGCCAUCAGGAGUUUGGCUGAGCUGACGGCUCGAUCCAUCGAGCUUUUCCACAAACUGGCAGAGAUGAUCCUCUUCUGCAACGGCGCCACAGAGGCCAGCGUCCUGUCACAGUUAACGGUUGUCCUGUGUAAAGAAAUCUCACUGCUUUCCAAGAAGUUCACGUCCUGUCUAACAGCCGCAGGGGCGCACGAGAAGGGAGACGUCCUCAACCCGCUGAUAACAGGAGUCUUUUUAGAGGCGUCCAACAGUGCGUCCUACAUCCAGGAUGCCUUCCAGCUGCUGAUGCCCAUACUGGAGAUUUCCCACAUCCAGAGGAGAGCUGAGUCUGCCGAGCAGUGACGGGCUGACGUCUCCUCUGACCUCCAUCGCCGCCGCGACGCUGGGACUCGGGCUGUCACACCAGAGACAUGAUGUGUCUUUCAAACUUUUUAGUAAAAAAUAAAAUCAUCUGGCUGGUUUUCAGCUCAGGACAAAAUCAGUUACAUGCCUGGGAGGAGAGGCGUGUCUUUCUCAAACAGUGUUAACGUUUUCAGCGUUGUUGGUACAUUUUGUAAAGCCCUGCAGGUGGAUUCGUUGAAGUACAGGAUCGAGAAGGUCUGGGUCUACCAGAUGAGGGGAUCAGCUACAUCUGUGUUGAACAAGGAGCAAUUUCCUAACAUGUACUCUACUUUUAUUCUGACAGCACUUACAGCUUAAAAAGACUCACAGGAUGGGAACAGCAGUGGUAAUUUGUUAGGAAAGGUGUGUCUCAUAAUGAUUGGUAAGAUACAGUAUGAUCAUGUGUAUUUCUCUUCACUGCACAGAGAAUAGUUGGGAAUUGAUUUUCUCUGCAUGUCUGUAACACACACAGCGUUAGACUGACUUUUGUCAGUCUCUGUAUCCAGGAGCUCAAGGCUCAUGAAGCCACAUAGCUUGGAUAUUAAAUAUCCAAGAAAGAAACAUAUAAACAUUUUCCUCUCAAAAUCUGGGAGGUCUGUUUCAAGUCUUUCAAGACUCUAAGACUUGUAACUUGACCCCGAACCGCCCUGAAAUGAUCAGAAAGAGUUAAAAACAGCUCCGAUGCUCUGUAAAAUCACUCCUGUUAACUCAAACAGCUCAGAUUUUAAUUUUCACAUCUUUUCAGGUGAGUGAAUUAAUUGACAAAGUAUUUCUUUUAUAAGCCAAUGACAGCAAAUUCCACUGAAGUUUAGAUUUCUUCCUGUCAUGUGUCAUGUCAUUCUUAACUGGUUAAACUUCAGGUUCAGUUUCUGUCUGUUGAUUCCAAUUCUUUUAUGACCUUCAUUUGAACUCAAUUUCCUGAUAUUAAACUGCUAACCGGUGUGUGCUGUCGGCAUGUAAAGUGUUAAUCUUUAGAGCGAUAUACUCUGCUGUUUAUCAGGUAUUUGAGAUGGUUUUCGAAUAAAUGUCCUUUCAUACAGGCCCAA